AUGUCUCAGACGGGGAAAUUGAUGCCGAAUCUCGAUCAGCAGAGCACCAAAAUGCUCAAUCUCACGGUGCUGCAGAGAAUCGACCCCUUCAUCGAAGAGAUUCUGAUUACGGCUGCCCACGUUACCUUCUACGAAUUCAACAUCGAGAGCAAUCAAUGGAGUCGCAAGGAUGUUGAAGGGUCUCUCUUUGUUGUUAAAAGAAAUACUCAACCGCGGUUCCAGUUCAUCGUUAUGAAUCGGCGCAAUACAGAUAACCUAGUGGAGAAUCUCUUGGGAGAUUUUGAGUAUGAAGUUCAAGUUCCAUAUUUAUUGUAUAGAAAUGCUGCCCAAGAAGUUAAUGGCAUUUGGUUUUAUAAUGCUCGUGAAUGUGAGGAAGUUGCGAAUCUCUUUACUAGGAUCCUGAAUGCAUACUCAAAGGCUCCUCCCAAGUCCAAAAUAUCUUCAACCAAAAGUGAGUUUGAAGAACUUGAAGCAGUCCCAUCCAUGUUGGUCAUGGAAGGGCCGUUGGAGCCAUCAUUGAAUGCCCCUGCUGUCACUGAUGCACCUGAAGAUUCUUCCUUUAUAAACUACCUGGCAGCAAUGAAUAUUGGAAAUAAUGCUUCAGAUGCCACAAAUUCAAGACUGCCCUAUCAGUCUACUGGAACUGUUCCUGCUCCUUCUUAUGCACCCAGUGCUGUUUCACCUCCUGCACCAACUCCACAAAUACCACCACCUUCCCAUUCAGUCCCAUCUACGCCAACCCCCCUACAUGGCUCCUCUGACCAAACCACCAGCAACAAUCGGGUCGCUAAUCUUAUAAAGCCCUCUUCUUUCUUCCCUCUCCCUGCUUCCUCGCCUCCUUUGGUCAUACCACCUACCUCUUCAUCUGUGCCAUCUGCUGCUGCACUUCAUCCACCCCUGAACCUGCAACGCCCUUAUGGCACCCCAAUGCUUCAACCCUUUCCACCACCAACGCCCCCACCAUCUUUAACACCCAAUUCUGCUCCUCCUGCUCCCAGUGACGGGCCUCUUGUUAGCAGAGAAAUGCGAGAAGCACUUGUAAUGCUUGUUCAGGACGAUCAAUUCAUCGACAUGAUAUACCAAGCAUUGCUGAAAGUGCACCAUACAUGAUAACUUAGUGGAACCAGUGUGGUCAUCCUCUGCUAAUUCAAUCGAGUACAAAAUCGUGUAGAAUAAGUUGUGUAUAUAGUUAUUCUACUUUGUUCCUCAGGAAUAAUGGCAGCACAGCAGCAUAAGGUGCAACAUCCGUUUAAAACUUCUCUCCGCUCCGAGCUGGUCAACGUUCAUGAGGAAUUUACUUACUCGGGAGGGUUGCAAGGGUGGCACUCACUUGGCCCGUUUGUUAAUCCGUAUGUAUCUCCCCCUGGACUUUGAUGUUUGUAACACUUGAGUUUUUUUUCUUCAAUUGAUUACAUUUCCAAUGUUUAAUUUGGAUGAGUAAUUUUGGUUCGUUAGGUGGUUUGGUUGUACUAGUAGUAUUCAAACUUGUGUAAGGCACCUCUGAUAUACUCCAACACAAACUUUUUUGGUUUGUUUUGUUUUCA